ACAAAACAUGUUAUUUAAUUAACAUUCCCGCCACUUGGUGGAGUUGGGUCGCUUUCGAAAGUUUCACAUCCGUAAGAGAGCGGCAAUUCGGCAAGGCAAGACAGAACGAAGUAGGCAAAGUAGUCUCGCGCGCGAACUUGGUACGCUGCAGGCGAUGACCGCAUUCAUAUGAGUUUUUAUUAAAUUGUGAGAGUGCUGUCGUGUUCCCCGUCCCGUUAAGUGUUUACGAAAAUGCUGCAUAGGUGAACUUUUCGAUUAAACAUAGUGUUGUGAUUGUGAACAUACCCUAUAUCUUCUAUCUUUUACUGUCUCUUGAAGGUUGUAAAAAUGCCUUGCUCAGCGGUAACUUUGUCUAUAGCGACCAUUACAGCAAUCGUGGCUGCAGCUUUAAUGGCAAUAGCAUUUUCCACAGACAACUGGCUAUAUAUCGAAGUUAAGCGCAGUAGUAUACAGACUUAUGUGACGGAUCACACAGAUGUAAACUCGCAGUCCAUACUAGAGAGCCUAAAUAGCAAGUACUACUUCUACACGAGGACGCGGGGAUUGUUCCGAAUCUGUUAUCCCAAGGAGCGACCGCCUACAGAGGCGGUUGAAAUAUACCUAUCACCGGUUGAAACUCACUGCAGCAAUGUGGACUACUUCAUACCAGAUGAGAACAACGAGACCAAGGGACUAUCAGACGAUGCGAUGAAUAGACUGCACAUGGCGCGCUCUACGGUAGCACUUUUCAUCGUGGCCUUCCUGGCGCUGUUCAUCGCGUUCUGGACCGGAGUCGUUGGUUGCUGGAAGCGUAGUCCGGGCAAUAUCACCGCCACCGCCAUACUGAUGCUAGUUACAUGUUUAUUAUCGGCCGGAGCUAUGGCAUUAUGGCAUGGAGUGGAGUUCUACGAGAAGGAAAAAGUUGUAGGCGAAGAAUUUUAUCAGCAGUGGCCUAAUAUAUUGCGAGAUAACGUCCGCGUGUGGUACGACUGGUCGUACAUGGUGGCGUGGUGCGGCGUGGGCCUGUCCCUGCUGUCCGCCAUCUUGUUCUCCUCGGCCGCCAUUUGCCUGCGCGGAGAGAGGGAGAGAGAGGAGGCUCUUAACAUGCAGUACCUCAUGCCGGUGUACCCACAAAAGCAGCAGUACGCCUACGCCGGGUACCCGCCACCGCAAGCCUACGCCGGGCCCUACUACCACGGCUCGCAAUACGGCCCCUACAACUACUGA